UUAUUAUUAAUUCCUACGUAUACUUGUGAUAUUAAUAGUUCUCUUGUAAUUAACUUGUCUCCAUAUCAAACGACCCCUAAUAUAAAAUCGUGAAAUACUCAAAUUUCGUCAAAGAGCAAUGGCUUCCGAUUCUCGUAAAGUGAUUGUACAUUUAAGAGCAACUGGUGAUGCCCCGAUACUUAAACAAGCAAAAUUUAAGAUUGCAGGUACUGACAAAUUCAUCAAAGUAAUAGAUUUUUUGCGCCGCCAACUCCAUAGGGAGACAUUGUUUGUGUAUGUCAACAGCGCCUUCUCACCAAAUCCAGAUGAGUUGGUAAAUGACCUAUACAAUGUUCGCAUCUCUUCCGCUGAAAGUUUAUAUAUCCUCUUCAGUCUUUCGUCCCCUCUUUUAAGAACGAAAGCUACAGCACAAUGGGGGGAAGAUUGCUUGAAACAAGGACCAUAUGUACUUUUGCUGAACUUGGUUAUUUUGAGUUGAAGGAACUAACUGUAUUGUGCUCUUACUAGCUUCUGCGAAAGUUAGAUGGCGAGAACUUCAGAUGGUACUUUGGAGGGUGAAAUAUUGAAGAUUGAUAGUAGAGAAUACAAUUCAAUAAAUAACAAGUUGCGUAAAUCCAAAGAGACCCUUCCACCAAUAAACGAUUCCAUAUCCCGGAUACGUUAUGCUUCCCGGUGGAAAUUUUUUUCUUGUUAAGGGUAAAAACUUUCCAAGCACCCGAGGAUUAUACCAAA